CCGGAGGUGAUCGGGACCCUCAUCCUCCACGAUAAGCUGCACCUGUGGAGAGACCCAAGCGGAACUGUGCACUACCACCAAGGUCUGGAUGCAGGAGAUAACACUUUAAACGUGCUGGUGUCUCUUCGGGCCGCUCUAAGUCUGGUCCAGACUCGGUUCAAGGACUGUUCUGGUCCUGAAGCUCGGGCUGUCGUUCUGAAGGACUACGUGGACUUCAUGACCACCCCAGUGUCUCACCGGGACUCUUACGCCGAGUCCUGGCACCGGGACUUCUUCAAGGACUGGAGUAUGGACAGACCCACCUCACCUGAGCAGAUCCUGAGUUUUGCCGAGGCUCGGAGUUGCAGAAAGUUGAAAACUUGUACGGACUCACAGCUUGACUCCAUCGGCUGCUUACCCAUGAUCCUCCCCUUCGUGCUGCUGUCCGCGUCGGCCAAUCAGGAGACAGCAGUGCGCGCAGCGGUGGAGAUGGUGACGCUGACCCACCCGCACCCAAAUGCACUCCAAACGGUGGCACUGUAUGCCAAAACACUACAUGCCGUGGUGGGCGGGGCCUGUCUGCAGGUACAGUCUGAGUGCGCUCUGAAGGCUCUCGGCCAAUGGGAAAUCAGCGUUAGCUACAGCAAGGAAGCCCAGAGGUUUCCUGUGGGCUCUGAACAGAGGCUGAGGGUUCAUCAGAGGGCAGUGGGAGAGCUGGGCCUAGCCUGCUACAGCUCAGGAGCCCUGAGCAGCCUGUUCCACCUGGCCCAUGAGUUCCACGACAAUCCAGUAGGGGGCAUUCUCACCAACACCAACUGUGGAGGGGAGAACUGCAGCCGUGGGGCCGCGCUUGGAGCUCUGCUUUGGGCUUCAGCCGCUCACAGAGAUCGCACCCUCCCCCAGAGCUGGACCACAGCCAUGAGAGACGCACGCGACCUGGUACCAAGGAUCAUACAGGGACUGGACCUGGACUGA